AUGGCUUUUUCCGACAUGCCAACCCAAAUAAAGGCUAAACUGAGUCGAUUGCCGACACUAGAAGUGUUUGCCCGCUUCGCUCCUGGAACUAUAGAUCCUAUCGUCGCACUUCGAAAUAAGUACGCACCUAAACAGAUCUACCCGCGAGACGUGGGAAUUCGACUUAUUAGUCACGUAUACAAAAAUGAAUUUUCCUUACGCAUUCUUACAAGCAAUUUAAUGUCACUCGCCACUACCACAAUUGUGCCUUUUGAUGCUCCUAUAAUAAAAGCUUUUCGCAACUCCACAGUUAAGAAGAAGGCUUUGCCACCAUCGGUUUACUACCAAAUUUCAGGUGUUCCGAAUUUCUACAUAGCUUCCCACCUGAGCGAGCUAUUCCAUGACUUACAUACUCAGCUGAAUCGUGAACCAAUAGCAACUUCCUAUAAGCUAGGUAUUACAGGACUACUUGAAAGCCACCGAGAAUCUGGGAGAAUAGUGAGGGAAUUGAGCGCUCUUGAACAUCCACCACCUAUCAGAUUUGAUGCAUUUGUUUUAGUCACGCGAUCAAACUUAAUCGCACCGUUUGAACUAGAGAGUAAUGACAUUGUUUUUCCAUUUUCUGGAAAUCAGAUGGUCUACGAUUCUUAUUUGGAGGACCUUAAAAAAAGAUAUCGCAAACCGUACGAAAUCCUUUAA